AUGCGGCUCUUACAGUACAGCGAGAGCGGAGAGCUCAGCAUCCACAGCUUCGACGAUGGCGACAUCCCUCCCUACGCGAUACUCUCACACACAUGGGGCGCAGAUGGCGACGAGGUGACCUUUGCAGACCUCCAGACAGGCGGCGGCAAGACAAAGCCGGGCUAUAAGAAGAUUAUCUUCUGCGGAGAACAGGCACGGCGCGACAGCCUCCAGUACUUCUGGAUCGACACGUGCUGCAUCGACAAAGCCAACAAGGCUGAACUUGCCUUCUCCAUCCGAUCGAUGUUUCGCUGGUACCGCGAUGCAGCUCGGUGUUAUGUAUAUCUAUCGGACGUCUCUGAUCAACCUCUACCAGUGACGUCAGGCGACCACGAUUCACGAUGGCUUUUGUGGAUCUGGAUGCUCUCUAUUUUCUAUAGUAUGUCAAGAUGGUACGGCAGCACGAUACAGCGCUACUUCUAUUCGCGCAACGUUCCAUGCACUUCGGUCGGUAGCGAUCCUGUACGAAAUGAGCAGAAGGCUGAGCUUGCGCUCAAAAACAGCAGAUGGUUUACCCGUGGAUGGACGCUGCAGGAGCUUCUCGCACCGUCUAUAGUAGAGUUCUUUUCUCGAGAAGGGACUAAGCUUGGUGAUAAGUUAUUGCUAGCAGAAGAAGUGCGUGAAGUAACGGGCAUCCCUAGUCGAGCGCUACAGGGCGAACCGUUGUCUUACUUUAGUGUUCAUGAACGCGUUACCUGGAUUGAACAUCGCACUACAACGAUUCUAGCGGACCGUGCAUAUUCCUUGAUGGGUAUUCUUGGCGUUAGCUUGUCCCCAAUCGAUGGCGAGAAUCUAGCUGAAGCAAUGAAGCGGGUUCUAGACGAGGUUGACAAGCAGAACAAGUGCCUCCAAGACUUAUGUCCUAGUAACCCGCGCGAUGACAAGAAGCGGAUCGAAGAGACUAAAGGCGGGCUGCUUGCGGGCGCUUACCGCUGGGUCCUUGACAACAAUACCUUCCGGCAGUGGCAGCAAGACCCGGACAGCCGACUGUUGUGGGUGAAGGGGGAUCCUGGCAAAGGCAAGACGAUGCUGCUGUGUGGCAUUAUCGACGAACUGCAAAACUUGACGCUGAAACCUACCCUUUUUUCAUACUUUUUCUUCCAAGCGACCGACACGCGCAUUAAUAGUGCCACAGCUGUGCUGCGAGGCUUGCUGUACAUGCUCGUGCACCGUCAGCCGUCGCUUGCAUCGCACGUUCGCAGGAAGCACGACUACGCAGGCCAAAGCUUGUUCGAGGACGCGAAUGCCUGGGUCGCCCUAACGGAAAUCUUCGCCGACGUGCUGCAAGAUGCAAGCCUAGGCACAACGUACCUAAUUGUCGACGCGCUGGACGAAUGCGCGACAGACUUACCAAAGUUGCUCAGCUUUAUCGCGAAGCAGCCGUCUGCGUCCUCUCGCGUCAAGUGGAUCGUGUCUAGUCGCAACUGGCCAGAUAUUGAGGAAGAACUAGAGCGUACUGAGCAUAAAAUGAGGCUCAGCCUUGAGUUAAACGCCGAGUCGGUGGCUGCAGCAGUAGAUGUGUUUAUCCAGCAGAAGGUGUGUCGCCUAGCCCAAGAGAAGCGCUACACGCUAGAAGUGCAAGACGCGGUGCUCCAGCACUUGAUAUCGAACGCGAACGACACCUUCCUCUGGGUUGCGUUAGUGUGCCAAGACCUCAAAGUGACGCCGAAGUGGAACGCGCUUAAGAGGCUGGCCCAGUUCCCGCCUGGACUCGAUGCUCUGUACAAGCGGAUGUUGCAGCAGAUAAGUGAGUCUGAUAGCGCGGAUAUAUGUCUGCGUGUGCUAGCAGUGACUGCUGUCCUAUAUCGACCCGUUACAGUCGCUGAGCUAGUUGUGCUUACUGAACAACUUGCAGACUUUGUCAAUGACCUAGAGUCUGUGCGGGAGAUCAUCGGUCUCUGCAGAUCAUUCCUAACGCUGCGAGACGAUGCGGUGUACUUUGGACUUGGAGACACGGAUAUAUUGAACGAGAUCGUGUACGACGCACGUAGGUUCAUUAUGUAUCAUAAAGAGGCAAUUGAGAACUAUCCCUUACAAGCGUACGCAUCUGCUCUGCUGUUCAGUCCAGCAGACACCAUAACUAGAAAGCUGUUCCAGCACGAAGAGCCAAGGGGAGUAGCCAUCAAGCCAGCUAUAAGCAAUGGCUGGAGUGCCUGCCUGCAGACGCUCGAGGGCCAUAGCGAUAGGGUUAGGUCGGUGGCCUUCUCGCACGACUCAACCUGGCUAGUGUCAGCGUCAGAUGACAGGACUGUCAAGAUAUGGGACGUAAGCAGUGGAAUGUGUCUGCACACAAUUGAGGGCCAUAGCGAUGUUGUUGAGUGGGUGACCUUCUCGCACGACUCGAGCCGGCUAGCGUCAGCGUCUUGGGACAGGACUAUUAAGAUCUGGGACGCAAGCAGCGGGACGUGUCUGCACACGCUUAAGGGCCACACUUCAGCGUCUUUAGACAAGACUAUUAAGAUCUGGGAUGCAAGCAAUAGGACGUGCUUGCACACACUUGAGGGCCAUAACGAUAAUAUUAGCUCAGUGGCCUUCUCAAAUAACUCGAUCUGGCUAGCGUCAGCAUCACAUGAUAGAACUAUCAAGAUCUGGGACGUGAGCAGAGACACGUGUCUGCACACACUCGAAGGCCAUAGGGAUAACAUCAGGUCAGUGGCCUUCUCGCACGACUCAACCUGGCUAGUGUCAGCGUCAGAUGACAGGACUGUCAAGAUAUGGGACGUAAGCAGUGGAAUGUGUCUGCACACAAUUGAGGGCCAUAGCGAUGUUGUUGAAUGGGUGACCUUCUCGCACGACUCGAGCCGGCUAGCGUCAGUGUCUUGGGACAGAACUGUCAAGAUCUGGGACGUGAGCGGUGGGAUGUGUCUGCACGCAAUCGAGGGCCAUCGCAGUGAUGUCACGUCAGUGGCCUUCUCCCACGAGUCGAGUUGGCUAGCUUCAGCAUCUUGGGACAGAACUGUAAAGAUCUGGGACGCGAGUAGUGGGACGUGUCUGCACACACUUGAGGGCCAUAGCGGAGAGGUUAAGUCGGCGGCCUUCUCGCACGACUCGGCUUGGCUAGCUUCAGUGUCUUUAGACAAGACUAUUAAGAUCUGGGACGUAAGCAGUGGGACGUGUCUACACACGCUUAAGGGCCAUAGUAGUUCUAUUAGCUUAGUAGCCUUCUCGCACGACUCGAUUUGGCUAGCUUCAGCAUCUUGGGACAGAACUGUAAAGAUCUGGGACGCGAGUAGUGGGACGUGUCUGCACACACUUGAGGGCCAUAGCAGAGAGGUUAGGUCGGCGGCCUUCUCGCACGACUCGACUUGGAUAGCUUCAGCGGCUAUAGACAAGACUAUCAAGAUCUGGGAUGCAAGCAGCGGGACGUGUCUACACACACUCAAGGGCCAUAGUGGUUCUAUUAACUCAGUAGCCUUCUCGCACGACUCGAAUCGGCUAGCGUCAGCGUCAGACGACAGGACCAUCAAGAUCUGGGACGCGAGCAGCGGGACAUGCCUGCACACGCUCGAGGGCCAUAGCGAAGAGGUUAGGUCGGUGGCCUUUUCACACAACUCGAGCUGGCUAGCAUCAGCGUCUUGGGACAGAACUGUAAAGAUCUGGGAUGUGAACAGCGAGGCGUGUAUACACACUCUUGAUGUUGACAGGGCGCUUUUCAAUUUAUCUUUCGACUCUACGAAGAUAGCCACAUAUAUCAAGUCAAUUGAGCUUCCUCCACCAGCCCAGAACAGUGGGACUGAGUCCUUCCUUGAAGACGACGAGACAAUCGACAACAACAACUCAAGCGAAGAGAUCAACGAAGAUCCUCUAGGCUACUACAUGGGACGAAAGAUCUAA